GGCGCGGCUUAUCAGUCGCUAGUUUCAAGGAGCCUUGGUUAGGGGGGUAAAUUCAAGCUUGAAUGUGACUUUUUAGUCUGCAGUCUUCGUCGAGUGUAUGAUCCAGAUCAGCUCAACAAUAUACAGUAGACACAGCCGUUCUGCUACUUACACCUUUUUCGUAUUCUUGAUUGGAAAACACCAACAAGCAACGAAGUGAUCGUUCCCGUCUGUCUGUCUGUCUGCCCGUUCAGCAUGACUACAGCACAAGGUACACGCAGUAUAGUUAUCAAGCAAGAGGUGUCAGAUGAAGGUUACUUUGACAGCAAACAGUCUAAUUCACAGACAUUCUCACAAGAAAUUGGCUGUAGCAGGCUUUCAGAUGAGACCUGUAUCAAGGAGGAUUCAGCACUCUCAAAUUCAGAAGAGCACCCUUCAUCACAGGCCACAUCAGAAGAAAUUAGCCACAGCAAGACUCCUGGUGAGACCUCUAGAGCAGGAGCUUUAUCCCUCUCACAUUCAGAAGAGCAUCUUGGAGCAACACAGGCCAGCCAAGAAUGCAGUUCAGCCAUCUUGAAUGAUUCAACAUAUAGCUCUACUAGUCAUGGACAAUGUCGUGAGGGAAAGAGGAAACAUUGUGACUCUAAAAAUGGAGAUGGAUCUCAGAGUGAAGUGAAUCAAAGAAGUUCUUCUGACAAGGAUGAAGAAAUGACCAUGAAAAAUUGUCAUCCAAUGCACAUGAGAUUAAAACUGAGAGACAGGACCCCAGCUCGUUUAAAAGGUGGAAAGAAAUUGCAGGGAAAACCACCUUUAGGUCGCGGAAAACGAGUGAGGAACGAGGAACAUGAAGAGAGUUAUCGAUGUACUGUAUGCAAGAAGGAUUAUUCCAACAAACAUAACCUCAGGAACCACAUGAAAAUCCACAUCUUAGACAAACCCAUUCAGUGCUCUGUGUGCGCUAAGGGUUUUUGCUACAAGUCCGAUUAUGAGCGACACGUGAGGAUUCACAGCGGGGAAAAGCCGCACCAGUGCACCGUUUGCGGAAAGGAAUUCACCCAAAGAAGCCACUUGACCGAUCACAUGAAAAUUCACACAGGAGAAAAGAAGCAUCAGUGUACCAUGUGCGGAACGUACUACGCCCGCAAAACCCAUCUCAAAACGCAUAUGAGAAUCCACACGGGUGAGAAGCCAUUUGAGUGUUCUCUCUGCGAUAAGGCGUAUUCUCGAAGAAAUGAUCUCAAGAACCACAUGCGAUCGCACACCGGUGAGAAGGCACCUCAUCAAUGCUGCGUGUGUGAGAAGGCAUUCUCCCACAAGAGCCAUCUUGCGCACCACAUGAAAUCUCACACUGGAUCUGAACCGUUUCACUGCUCUGUAUGUAGCAAGGCAUUUCUUUACAAAUCUGAUCUGACUAGACACGAGAGAGUCCACAGUGGAGAUAAACCUCACAGCUGUAAAAUAUGCGGCAAGGUGUUUGGCCAGCGAUGCCAUCUCACGGACCAUAUGAGAAUCCACACGGGGGAAAAGCCGCAUAAAUGCUCUUUGUGUGAUAAGGUCUACUCUCGUAGGAAUCAGCUUACAGCCCAUAUGAAAGUCCAUGUUGGUGAUAUGAUCCCUCUUCACUGCACUUUGUGUGCGAAAGAAAUCCCUAAUGAAACUCUUCAUACAGACCAAGUGCCUGAUUAUUGUUUUGACUGUUGCAAGAAACUGCUUUCACAGGUGGAUCCUACUCCAGCGAUGAAAUCCCCUGCAGGAGACCUCCCUUUGAACUGUCACAAGUGUGAUAAGAGUUUUCUAACGCAGUCCGAUCUCAUGGACCAUAUGAAAUCACAUACAAAAGAAAAGCUCUUUCAUUGUGCAGAGUGUGAUCAGAAAUUUGAUCAGCAGUCUGAUCUUACGGAUCAUAUGAAAUCACAUAAAAGUAAAAAGUCCUUCCAGUGUGCGAAGUGUGAUGAGAAAUUUCCUAUGCUGUCUGAUCUUAUGAACCACAAGAAAUCGCACCGAAAAGAAAAGCCCUUCCAUUGUCCGAAGAGCAAAAAGAAAUUUCAAACCGAGUCUGAUCUUAUCAACCACAAGAAGUCGCACCUCAAAGAUAAGACCUUCCAGUGUCCGGAGUGCAAUAAGACAUUUCCAACAGAGUCUGAUCUUAUCAACCAUAAGAAGUCGCACCUCAAAGAUAAGACCUUCCAGUGUCCGGAGUGCGAUAAGACAUAUCCCAAGCAGCCUGAUCUUAUGGAUCAUAUGAAAAUGCACAAAGGUGAAAAGCCCUUUCAUUGUCUUGAGUGCAAUGAGAAAUUCCUUCUGCAGCGUGAUCUGUUAGACCAUGUCAAAUGUCACCCGGGAGAAACAGCGUAUUAUUGUUUGGAAUGUGAUAAGGGCUUCGGUACAGAGUGGGAUCUUAUUAGUCAUGUCAGCAUACACACCGGAGAAAAGUAACAACAGUUUUCUGGAUGAUGCAAUGGAGAAUUGAUUAGUCACUCACAACUCACAAAACAACAAUGGUCAUCACUUGUGUAACUCUCGGCUGAAAAAAAAAAAAAAAAAA